AAUCCAGGUGUGUGGGAAGAACGAGGGAGAAAUAGCAGACGGGAAAGGCUGUCUUCGCUCGGGUCGGCGCGUCCAUACUCUUAACCAUCAGAGCAAACUUUCAUUUAAAAAUAAUAAUAAUAAUACAAAUUAUGUUUCUGAAAUCCCAGUAUUUAAUUUUUUAGAUUAGUUUGAUUGAUUUGUUCCAGACCCUUCCUUAUCAUUCUCCUCAAAGCCCAACUUCGCCUUCGUCACUCUGUCCUUCGUUUGAAUCUAUUAGGGAGGGUAUCAUGUGGGGAAUCCUCAGGAGGAAAGUAGCAACUGCUGGCUCUUCUGCCACGGUUUUGAAGCAGGCGGUGCAGGGGACUCGAGCUCCAUAUUCACGGCGUUAUGCCACCAGAGCAAAAGAGUCGCUACUUCUUGGAAAAGGAUCAAAUAGCGUAAGCAGUAUUGGCUACAAAGUCUCUCUGGGGCGUUUAGAUAAUACCAAAUCUAUCAGCGGGUUGAUACCAUUCCAAGCAGCUUCUCCUAUAUCUAUGUGGAAUAGAUUUUAUUCUUCUGAAAAUGGAGAUCUUAGUGAUGCCGUUGUGCCCUUCAUGGGGGAAUCCAUUACUGAUGGCACUCUUGCGAACUUUUUAAAGAAACCUGGUGAUCGUGUAGAAGUUGAUGAGCCAAUUGCUCAGAUAGAAACUGACAAGGUGACCAUUGAUGUGAACAGUCCUGAGGCUGGCAUAAUACAGAAGCUUGUCGCAAGAGAAGGUGAUGUUGUAAAGCCAGGUGAUAAGGUAGCUGUAAUUUCAAAAUCUGGUGAAGGUGUUGCACAUGUUGCUCCAUCGGCUGAAAAACCCACCAAGGCAACUCCUAAGCCAUCUCAAGAAGAAAAGCCAAAAGCUGCUGAGGGAAGUCCAAAGGCCCCACCUCCUCCUAGGGAAAAGCCCCAAGCUCCAUCUGUGACCACACAGCCCUCUCAGCCCCCAGUGAAAGAGCCUCAACUUCCACCCAAGGAGAAAGAAAGAAGAGUUCCUAUGACAAGACUUAGGAAACGUGUAGCAACACGUUUGAAAGAUGCACAGAACACUUUUGCCAUGUUGACUACAUUUAAUGAAGUUGAUAUGACUAAUUUAAUGAAGCUCCGAGCUGAUUACAAGGAUGUUUUUGUUGAUAAACAUGGUGUGAAGUUAGGACUCAUGUCUGGAUUUGUAAAGGCUGCCGUAAGUGCACUUCAGCAUCAGCCAAUUGUCAAUGGCGUCAUUGAUGGAGAUGACAUCAUUUACAGAGAUUAUAUUGACAUCAGUAUUGCAGUUGGUACAUCAAAGGGUCUUGUUGUACCAGUUUUACGCAAUGCUGCUCAAAUGAAUUUUGCUGACAUUGAGAAAGAAAUCAACAGCCUUGCAAAAAAGGCAAAUGAUGGCACUAUAUCAAUAGAUGAAAUGGCUGGAGGAACAUUCACCAUAUCAAAUGGUGGUGUUUACGGAAGCCUUCUGAGUACCCCAAUCAUCAAUCCCCCUCAGUCAGCAAUCCUGGGCAUGCACUCAAUAGUGAACCGUCCAAUGGUCGUUGGGGGUCAAGUUGUUGCGAGGCCAAUGAUGUACAUUGCUCUAACAUACGAUCAUCGACUAAUCGAUGGAAGAGAGGCAGUUUACUUCUUGCGUCGUAUCAAAGAUGUUGUGGAGGAUCCCCGCAGGCUGCUUCUUGAUGUCUGAAGCAAGUUUCCAUGUAUACUGAUCUCCAUGGAUAUUUAUUUUGUCGAGUGCACUGAGCUUUUCGCCGGUGAUUUGCCAUCAUUGACCUGGCACGUGGGAGGAGGCCUCAAAAUUUGGUAUAUGUUUUGGUUCAUUUUAAGGUUCUUUUGCUCCAAGGCCAUCCUUUCCAAACGCUGCAUGACUUAUCUCCUGGUUUUAUCUUAUUUGCACUGAUGAUCAUUUACAAUAUUCUGUCGUUUUGGGAAGAGGGAGCCGAGAUGGUGAUUUCAAAUAAGGUGAAUUUUCAAUUGAAUAGAAAAUUUUCAAUUGUGUGCCAUUUAUGCACAGGAUGUCAAUUUGGUAGAAGUGAUGAUCUUUACGUGCCUUGAUAAUAGAGCUUAAGUUUAUUGUUCUGGAUAUUUCCAAGGUUCCAUUGGAAAAACAUCUAAAUUAAAGAAUGCUGAAUAUCGUCGUUUAAACA